AUGCAUUUGCUAUCUUUUCUUUCAUUUAUUAUAUGGUUUAUACACUGUACAGCCAAAAGACAUGAAUAUUCAAUAAAAAAAUAUUUUCUGAACAGUCAUAAUUUUUGUAAAAUAAAACCUGACCCGUUCAGGAAAGAUACUUUAAAAAAAAGACUAUAUUCUUCUGAUGGAAUUAAAGACGAAAUAAUUAUCGGAACUCGUGAUUCUCCGUUAGCCUUAAAACAAAGUGAAAAAGUGAGGAAAAAAAUUAUGUCAUAUUUUAAAAAAAUGAAUAAAAAUAUAAAUGUAACAUUUAAGUAUAUAAAAACAACAGGUGAUAAUAUAUUAGAUAGUAAGAGUGUUGGAUUAUAUGGCGGGAAAGGAAUAUUUACAAAAGAAUUGGAUGAACAAUUAAUAAAUGGAAAUGUAGAUUUGUGUGUGCAUUCUUUGAAAGAUGUUCCUAUAUUAUUACCUAAUAAUAUUGAAUUAUCAUGUUUUUUAAAAAGAGAUACAAUAAAUGAUGCUUUUUUAUCUAUAAAAUAUAAAAGCAUAAAUGAUAUGAAUACGGUCAAAAGUGUAUCAAAAACAGAAGACAUUCAUCAUAUCAACAAAAAAGAUAGUGAUCAUAAUAAUGAUACAUUAUGUACUAUUGGGACAUCGUCCUUAAGAAGAAGAAGUCAAAUUAAAAACAGAUAUAAAAAUAUUUAUGUAAACAAUAUAAGAGGAAAUAUAAAUACAAGAAUUGAGAAAUUAUAUAAUGGAGAAGUUGAUGCGUUAAUAAUAGCUAUGUGUGGUAUAGAAAGAUUAAUAAAGAAAGCAAAUCUUAAACAUCUUCUAAAAAAUAAAGAACAGAAAAAUAUCUGCCAACCAUUUCUUCUCAAAUGUAAUAAUAAAAAGUGUAUAGAUUUGUGUCAUGUUAAUAUACAAAAGUUGAAUAAAAACCUGAUUUAUCCUGCCUUAGGUCAAGGCAUUAUAGCAGUUACCUCACACAAAAAAAAUUAUUUCAUUUCCAGUCUCUUAAAAAAUAUAAACAAUAAAAAAUCAGAAAUGAUGGCACAAAUUGAAAGAUCCUUUUUAUAUCAUAUCGAUGGGAAUUGUAUGAUGCCUAUAGGAGGAUAUACAAACAUGAGAAAUGAAGAUAUAUAUUUACAUGUAAUAAUUAAUGACAUACAUGGAUAUAACAAAUAUCAGGUAACGCAAAAAGAUACAUUAUAUAAUUAUAAAGAAAUUGGCCCUAAUGCUGCUAUUAAAAUGAAGGAAAUUAUAGGCACUGAACAGUUUAACAAAAUAAAAGCGGAGGCUGAAUUGCACCUUUUAAAUAAUAAAUAA